AGCUGCUGGCGUGCGUCAUUUCGAAGCAAUCUUCGCUUUCUUGGGCGUUCCGCUUCCCAUUUUGUAAUCCCAACCUCAGCACUCUAUCUAAGCUAUGCCCCAUAUAUCCACAGAAACUGCUGUAGGAGUGAUCCUGCUUGUCAUACUUAUAUUGGGGUCUCAAUUAUACCCUAGCGCAAUAACUGGCAGUCCUCCCCCAACUUCCCCAUCUGCUUCUACUCCAGUCGGCGAGCUGAACAAGAAGUCUAAGAAGAAGCCCAAGAAGAAGCUCAAAUCUCAGAAAUUCACGGCAGAAACUGCUCACAAAGGCAGUCCUUUGGCCACUGCAGCCGCCACCGCUGAUGGUGCCAACCUGCCCGAUGCACGCGAAGAGCAAGCCGAUUUCAGGCUUACAGAAGAUAGGAAAGGUAACAUACUUGCAGAAAGGCCUUUCCUUGACGAUCGUGAGGAAAACAUUGGCAGUUUCGCGCCCACUGAAGGAACUGAAGGAGGGCGAGAGCGAUCAUCAUCUGAUAAUCAAGCCAUAAGGGCUGCAGCCUGCCUGUCGGAGGCAUCAGAGGACAAGCCUGAGACGAUCAGUUCUCAACCUAAUAAAAGGACUGCUGUUGUGACAGAAGCAGCCACGCGUGAUGGUUAUUCCGUCGGCCCAUCGAAGACAAAUGUGCAGAAAUACGAAGACGGUCACUUGACGAACGACAGAUAUCUGAAACCGCUCGAGGAUCAGAUAACAGGCGAGGAUGACAAGAUGUGGAACAUAGUAGCAUCCAAAAAGAAAACGCCAAACAUCAAAUCGCCUGUCGAAUCUGAUUUACAAACUUCUUUACCUCUUCCAACUGCCACCAAGGGUCAAAAGAAAAAUGCGAAAAAAUCAGAGGCAAAGAAAGCUCAACGGCACGUCGACGAGAUUGAUCGCUUGCAAAGAUUGGCCAAACACAAGAAAGAUCUCGAACGAGAACGUAUUAACGAACUGUACUCGACCCACAACGCACAGUCCGGCCGAGAGAAGCGUUUGGGGGCCAAGGCAACAGUGACCUCCACGGGCAAGCUUGCUUGGGAUUAAAGAUUCAUACAAUAAUCGAAGGAAAGGGAAUAAUCAACUAUUCUGCACACUUCUGGAAUAUGGAGUCCAUGCGGCUGUCCUUCCAAGUCAUGAACCACGAGGCGAAGUUGAAUCACUACGUCCGGAGCUUUUGCGUUCGUCGGUUAACUUAUGAUCCCACAAACUGCCAAACGGCUUCGAAACUCGCCUGCUAUCUUCAUGCAUCAUUUAUUUUUUAUUCUCA